UUCUUGACUGAAUCUCCUUCGGUCAGUAACUCUAUCAUCAGUUUUUGCUCUUUGCUGUUUAUUUUUGUUCGGUUCGAAACUUCAGCACUAAUUCCUCUCAUUUGGGUGGUGGUUUCUUUUUGUUGGUUCUGUCAGAGAAGGUCGUUAAUCGGCUAUGGCGACUCAAUCAGGCGCUCCACCAAAUUCAAUGGUCGGGAAUCCGCAGAACCCGGCUGCAGAACUUGCACAACAAACGAAUCAGGAUCAGCAAGAGUCCAGAGUAGAGGCUCCCAAACAAAGUUCUACACCGUCAGUGUUUGUGAACUCCGAGCCAAUGCGAGAGGAACAAGUGCAAAAUGCAGUCAAAUUUCUUUCUCACCCAAAAGUUAGGGGCUCUCCAGUCAUCUAUAGAAGAUCUUUUCUUGAGAAGAAGGGCCUCACAAAGGAGGAGAUUGAUGAAGCCUUUAGGCGUGUGCCUGACCCACCCCAAAGUGCGCAUGCAGGCAGUGAUAGACAAGAUGAGAAGGUAAAAUCAUCAUCAAACAAUCAGCCACAAGCCCCAAUACAAACUCUGCAGCCUGCAGUAGCUGCUUCCACUGGUACCCUGGGUACUUUAAUGCAGUACCGAUUUAAAUGGUCUCAUGCUGUUUUUGCUGUCGGAUUACUGGCUGUUUCAGGUGCUGGAACAGCUGUACUAGUCAAGAAUGCUAUUAUUCCCAGGUUGAAGUCUUGGAUACGUAAGGUUGUAUCGGAUGAAGAAAAUGACCUAGCGCAAAAGCCUGAUCCAAAACCAAGUUUGGAAGAAGAAGCAGCUGCUGCUGCAAAAGCAGCUGCAGCUGCAGCUGCUGAUGUCGCAAAAGCAAGCCAAGAAAUGGCACAAUCAAGAAAUGAAGAGAGGAGAUAUUUUGAAGGAUUUACGAACCUUUUAGAUGUGCAACUACAGGAAAUGAAGUCAAUGACUGAUGCCAUAAGGAAAUUGGAAGGACAAACAAAUGCCCAAGGGAGAGCCUCUUUUGUUGAUCAAGAAGAUAAUCGAAUCUCUAAAUCAAGUUCAAAGCAACCAUAUCUAAAUGGCAAGAUGGACUACGACUCGCGAUCAGUGAGAUCUUCCUCACCUUCCACAACUGUAGAACCAUCAAUUGCGCCUCACCCUAAGUCGUAUAUGGAUAUUGUGGCCAUGAUCCAAAGUGGGGAGACACCUCCAAAUAUCAAAGACAUAAAUGAUUUACUCUCAAAUCAAUAUCAGCAACCAUCAAAUCCUCAUUUAGCACAAACUAAGCCAUGGGAAGUUGGUCAGGCCCAGAACAUCUCAGGCCAAGCAUUUCAGUCCCAAGUGAAUGACGAAGGCUUGAAGUCCAAGGUACAAUACAGUGGAAUAAACUCUCAGUUAAAUGGUGACAAUUCAGUACCUUGGUGGCAGCAGAAAAAUGUCAAGAUUACAAACAUUGAAAAUGACAACAAACUCAAGUCGGGGUCAUAUGGUUUGAGAACCAGUGAGCAACCAGUUCAGCGUUCAUGGGUCCCUCCUCAGCCACCCCCAGUGGCAAUGCUAGAAGCAGCUGAAGCCAUCCGACAGCCAAAACCAUCAGUUCAGAUAGCGCAGUUGGUUGAUGAUCCUUCAGUAGCACAUCCUUCAGAUCAAACUGAUGAGCUGCAGAGGAUCACAAAAAUAUCUGAAUCUGGAGGUCCUGUGGAGAUUAAUGGUGGGAGCUCAGCGCUUAACUCAAGUGAGAUACAAGAAGAUGGCAACGGGUUUGAACAGAGCUAAAGCGGGAUAGAAUAUGUUUAAUCCACUUAAGCUAAGGUACCCAUAUAGAUACCUUUAAGUUUAUUGUAAUGGCCCCUUGCAACGAAUAGUUAAUCCAACUGCUAUUCUAUAUUUGAAGAGAAUUCAGAUACAAGUUAUGACGACUUAUUUUAAUAAGAAAAUAAAGAGGCAAUGGUAUUUCUUUGUGCAUGA